GAGUGUGUACAGAGUGUGUGUACAGAGUGUGUGUAUAGAGUGUGUAGAGAGCUGGAGAGUGUGUACAGAGUGUGUGUAUGGAGUGUGUAGAUAGUGUGUGUACAGAGUGUGUGUAUAGAGUGUGUGUGUAUAAAGCUGGAGCACAGCUCGGACUCGGAAAUAGCGGAGCACUGAAACAGUAAAUACUGAACACUCUCCACCCCGCGUCAUAGCGGCUGUGUUUCCGGUGUUCAGCACUCAGCGCGUUUAGUUCAGAUGAAUCUCCUGCACAGCUCCAGCAGCGCGUCUGAAGCGGGAUAUGAGCGUUCACACCGAGGCUCCAUCAUGGAUGUGCUUUGUGCAUUUCAUCUUCCUGCUCGCUCCAGUGUCCUGUAACACUGAGUUUGAGAUCUCGGUACCCACUCGUGUACAGAUGGCUGUGUACGGCGAGGCGGUGCUUCUGUCCUGCACGUUCCCAGUGAGCGGCUCGUGGGACGCAGGCAGCAGCGUGAUCACGUGGCAGCGCCACCUAGAGGUGGUCCACAGUUUCUUCCACGGCCGAGACCAUCCGCGGUACCAGAGCCCGAGAUACGCCAACCGCACCAGCCUGUUCCACCAGGAGAUGAACAAGGGGAACGCAUCGCUCAGGCUGGACCGUACCACUCUGGAGGAUGCGGGGGAGUACACCUGCUCCAUCAGCACUCAGCUGGGCAGCCAGAUGAAGAGCUUCGGCCUCAAAGUAGCAGCGUUCUACACCGAGCCUCGUCUGCACAUCUCCAUGCUGAACGACGGCCACGUGGAGGUGCGGGUGACCUCAGAGGGCGGGUACCCCUCCCCCUCGCUGCAGUGGCUGAUGGGUAACGAGAGCGACAUCACCAACGUCACACACACGCAGCUGAGGCAGGACCAACACACACGUCUGUACAGCGUGAAUAGUAAACUGAACCUGAGCGGCACCGUCAACUCCUCCAUCACCUUCAUCAUGAAGAACCCAGAUCUGGGCCAGGAGAUCAGGAGGAACAUCGACCUCCUCUCAGAAAAUGGAAGACAUGACGAAUACAAACAGAAAGUCUCUGCACUGUUCCUUCUCGGACUGCUCACUGGGGUGGUUUUUAUACUUUUUGUAAUUUCAGUAGUAAUUUUUUUAAGGCAGAAAAGGCUAUUUAAGUGUUUCUCCCCAAACGGUGAUGUUUCAGAAGUACAGAGUUCAGAAUUAUCGCUGUAUUCGAACCAUCAGCGACAGGCUGAAACAUGUUCAGGAGAAGAAAACGAGUGUGUUGCUGAACCUCGGAGCAGAUGAUGACACGUCAACUAACAGAAUUAUUUUGUCUUUCUUGCUAGGAAGAAAGUGGUGUGGACUCAUCUGAUUUGUGUUUGGUAAAAGAUCAGACAGAUUUAGAAUUCUACAUAAAUUAGUAUGUUAUAUGGUACUAUAUUGCUCAUUGUUUAAAUUUCUGUCUUUGAAGCACAGCAUUCGUUUCACUAAGGCUGGUUUUGAGUCGAAGAGAAAAUUCAAGUCACAGUGAAAGAGUUACAGUGAGAAACUGUAAUUCAUCUUGUUCACAUGUAGCGUGUGUUAGAUUUACAUUACAGUACCGUAAGAUUCCGUUCUUUACAGUUUGUUAGGAAGGCGAUACUUGAACCUCCAACCCUCUGAUCGAAGCCUUAACCAGUGCAUUACCACUGCCCGUGUACAGUGUGUACACUGAAAUAAACUGACCUCAUGCUGCUGUUUACAUUCGUACACUAAACCGGAUUCUUAUCUGCUGCAUUACACACAGAAAACAACAUGGGCCCAAGUUUUAAAUUCACAUACUGAUUUACACAUUAGCAUAUAACCCUCUAGAGAACUGAGGAAAGAGUAGAAAACCACUUUAUGGAGUUGCACUAUAUGAGCGUAUAAAAGUAUAAAAGGAACAAAGGCUACCUCACAUCACUUCUCUACAUUAUUUAAUACAUGAUCUAGGACAUAACACUUCAGAAAAUAAGUGUGUGUGUGUGUGUGUGUGGUUGAAAGAGACAGAAAAGGUCACUUUGUCAUCUUGGCUAACGUUCAUUUCUAUUCAUUUAAUUUUUCACACUGGUGCAAUCAUUGUACUUUACACAAUAGCACACACACACACGUCACUGUGUAAAAUCUAAAUACAGAAAGCUUCUGUAGCAGUCUUUGAGACAAUAAGUCUUUGAGAAGGAAGAAUGUGACGGUUUUGCAAAACAAAAUGUCACAAGACUGAGGUGAAGUUAGUCUCAAAAGCGUCAUCUGAACACACACAGGUUUUUAUACACGAGGUUUGAUGAAAGAGAAGUUUCAUCACCGCUGUCAUCAUUUAUACCAGUUUAUAACCACUCUAUAGCAUGUAAUCCUUAAUUCUGAUUUCUUUAUCAUCGACAUGAAUACUAUUGUUUAUCUCAUCAAACCCCUGAGGGCUUUUAUUAUAUUUAUUUUCUUCUUCUUUCGGCUUUUCCCUGCAGGGGUCGCCACAGUGAAUCAUCACUCUCCACCUCUCCCUAUCUUCUGCAUCCUCAACACUUGCACCCACUAGCUUCAUAUCCUCAUUUAUUACCUCCAUAUACCUCCUCUUUGGCCUUCCUCUUCACCUCCUGCCUGGCAGCUCCAUGUCCAACAUUCUCCUACCAAUAUACUCACUCUCCCUCCUCUGAACAUGUCCAAACCAUCUUAAUCUGGCCUCCCUAACUUUGUCCCCCAAACGUCCAACAUGAGCUGUCCCUCUGAUGUACUCGUUCCUAAUCCUGUCCAACCUUGUCAGCUCUGACUCCUGUCUCUUCCUCAGUGCCACUGUCUCUAAACCAUACAGCAUGGCCGGUCUCACCAAUGUCUUGUACACCUUCCCCUUGAGUCUCGCUGAUAUUUUUCUAUCACACAGAACUCCCGACACCUUUCUCCACCCAUUCCAACCUGCCUGCACUCGCUUCUUUACCUCUUUCCCACACUCUCCAUUACUCUGGACUGUUGACCUCAAGUACUUAAACUCCUGAACCUUUUUCACCUCUUCACCCUGUAAUCUUACUGUUCCACUUCCCUCCCUUUCAUUCACACACAUGUACUCAGUCUUACUAUGACUGACUUUCAUUCCUCUUCUCUCCAGCGCAAACCUCCACCUCUCCAGGUUUUCCUCCACCUGCUCCCUGCUCUCACUACAGAUCACAAUGUCAUCCACAAACAUCAUUGUGUAAGGAGACUCCUGUCUGACCUCCUCUGA